UGCAGUUCAAGAAUUCAAGGGCGGAAUCAAAUGUAUCCCCGUUUCCUUUUCGACACUUUGUAACCCACUUUCAUCAGCGAGGCAAAGUUACUAUGUAACUUUCUAAAGCAAAUACGUGCGUGUAAGUCUAAAAGACUUACAACCAGCAGAUCAUCGACGGACUAAACUUUUUAGCUACCGUGCCUCUCUUAAAACACUGUCAACAAAACUAAACCUUCGCUCCAAUAUCGUCGGGUUUGAUGUGGAAACCUAUUUCCCUAAAACUCCCUGAUCAGUCGUCUCCUGUAGGACAGGCAACACGAUCUCCUCCUAACUCUAUUCUCUAUUUUUGUGCUUCCUUGUGCUGCCAAGCCCCUGACGUAAUGCUCCGUGUUAAUUAUUAGCAUGUGGGAAGUGAUGCCGAGACUCUCCUCUGCUGCUUAAACAAGAGCGACUGACUGCGGGGAGAAAAACCUCGUCAUGAUGGCAAAACACACUGACCCAGAGUGAAGGGACACCCGCUCCCCCGUCCCGUCUUGUCCCGUCCUGCGAUCAGCACCCAUGCAACUGCGCCUUUAGGUGGAUGAUAAAAGAUGUUUUCUGCUGAAAAUGCCAUCUGGACAGACACUGUAUGCUGGAGGAAAGCUGAGGAAUAGUUUGUAAGCCCAUAGGGAUUCCCUACCACCAAGCCUAACACCAGAACCCAAGAACAAAGAUGCGACACAUCGGAACCCAAUAGCGUAACAUCUCAGCUGGCUAUUUUUAUUCAAACCUCAAAGUAAAAAGGGAAACUCGAGUGUUAUUUUUGGAUACAUCUCCAUGGUGAGACUCCUUUGAGCUGCAAGGAAUCACAGGCGCUUAGGAAGGAAUCCAGAGAGUCUUGGCCAUCUUUCCGUCUCUAGAAAACCCAGAGUCUUGGUGUCCCGUGCCACCCCACUAGAUCAUGAUGUUUCGUGACCAAGUGGGAGUCCUCGCCGGUUGGUUUAAGGGGUGGAAUGAAUGCGAGCAGACGGUGGCGUUAUUGUCGCUCCUCAAGCGCGUCAGCCGUACCCAAGCGCGCUUCCUGCAGCUCUGUUUGGAGCAUUCCUUGGCCGACUGCACCGAGCUUCAUGUUCUGGAAAGAGAAGCCAAUAACCCAGUGUUGAUAAGUCAGUGGCAGACUGAACCGAAAGAGCGGGUCAUCUCUCUGGUUCUGACCCAUCUGCCUCUCCUUAAACCGGGCAAUGCAGAGGCCAAGGUGGAAUACAUGAGUCUGUUACCCAAAAUAUUGAGCCACACCAUCGAACAUGGCCGGCACCUUGAGGAAAGCAGGCAGCUUCUGUCGUACGCUCUCAUCCACCCGGCGACGUCUCUCGAAGACCGGGCAAACCUUGCCCUUUGGCUCAACCACCUGGAAGAACGGGCGGCCGCCCGAGGAGCUGGAGACUCCUUGGAGCGGGCGCCUUCAUCUCAUCACGGGCAACCUCCGCACCUUUACACCCACCACCAGCGCUACGGCUCAGAUGACCGUCUUAACGGCUGGCAGAGCUCAAGGGGCUCCGGGCUGGGAAGUUGGCAGCAGCAGCCGCAACAGGGUUGUGAAAACGGGCAUCUUUCGCUGUACCCAUCAUCCUCUGUUCCUUCCACUAUCAACGCCGUAGGUACAGGCAGUGGGACCAACACAAUGCUGACGGGCGGGCAACACAGUCCUCUGAGGCGUUCGGUGUCUCUGACCCCUCCGAUGAGCGGCGGAUCGAAUCAGCCGCUGGGGCACGGCUGGCUCUCUCAGGAGGACUUGCGUCCCCGCGGGCCGGCCCCUGACCACGCCCCUCUCUCUCCUCAGAGCAGCGUGGCGUCUUCGGGCAGCGGAGGCAGCGAGCAUCUGGAGGAACACGCUGCCGUUCGGAGUACAUUCCAUGAGGAGGGAAGCGGAAUGAGAGAUGUUCCAUCAUGGCUGAAGAGUCUGCGUCUCCAUAAGUAUUCUGCACUGUUUUCCUCCAUGACCUAUGAUGAGAUGAUGUCACUCACAGAGCAGCAGCUGGAAGCUCAGCAAGUUACCACAGGGGCGCGACACAAGAUCAUCAUCAGUAUUCUGAAGCUGAAGGACAGACAAAAUAUGCUGCGCUGUCUAGAGAAGGACAUACUGGAGGGAGGGAAUUUACGCGCUCCUUUACAGGAGCUCCACCAGAUGAUCCAGACACCCAUUAAGGCCUGCAGCACAGAAGAGUCGUCACAGCGCCACCCGCUGAGCGCUGAAGGGAAAAGCACCAUGGCCAGUUCUCAUCUCGGCGGAGGAGAGACGGAAAGCAGCUCGACGGUCAUAGCCGAGGGGGACAUACCUGCUCAAUUCACCCGUGUCAUGGGCAAAGUUUGCACACAACUCCUUGUCUCCGGAUCAGAUGAGGAGAACAUUAGUUCCUACCUACAGCUUAUUGAUAAGUGCCUUAUCCACGAGGCCUUCACGGAGACGCAGAAGAAGAGGUUGUUGUCAUGGAAACAGCAGGUGCAGGUGCAGUUUCGGUCAAUCUCGCGGAAAACUCUGCUGGACCUAACAGGACCCAGAAGAAGUAGCCGCUACGGCCAAUCCAACUCCCUCCCGACCUCUGGCUGCGUGGGCAGCGGCGUUCCCACCCGGAGGAACCUGCGGCAGUAUCAAAUGAGAAAUUUGUCUUGCGUGAGACCCCUUUUGGGCACCACCGGGCUGUUCGGACCAACCCCCAGGAGUGGCAGUAGCACACCGACCGGCCUGAAACAGGGAAGACAGGGUUUGUGGUUUGCCAAUCCGGGGGGCAGCAACAGCAUGCCCAGCCGCACCCACAGCUCAGUUCAGAGGACUCGAUCGCUCCCCGUCCACACCAACCCACAAACCCUGGCCAUGUUCCAGCAGACAGAUUUGCAAGUGCCUGUGACUGAGCCUGACAUCAAUAACCGUUUGGAGUCUUUAUGUCUCAGUAUGACAGAACAUGCUCUCGGAGAUGGUGUCGAUCGAACUUCAACCAUCUGAAAGGAGGACGGAGAAUGAAGGUGGCAAGCCUGGCAACAGGGGAAAGAUCAUCAUGAGGUCACGAGCCCCUCUGUCUACAAAACCCCCUCCCUCCCUUUCCACCUGUUCAUCUAACACCACACAGCUGACGGUAGGGGUGGUAUUCGGUUCGGGGCAUGGUCUGCACAGUGCCAAUCAUCACAUUUUGGACGGCUUCACUCAAGCAAGCUGUCACAAUGACUACUGUGUGUUUACAUUGGAUUUUGGGAGAAUUUUAACGCUCAAAACCUUUAAUUCCUCCGAGGAAAGGCUCAUUGUGAUGACGGUCCGUCAGGCGUGACGGCCCACCCUGAGACCUUCAGGUAGCUGUCAACGAAGUCGCUUUAUCAAAACCAGCUCAAUGACAUAUCGUUACAUGUUUUCUGUUAACUGCCAACAGGUUUAUGAAGUCAGUCUGUGCGUGGCCUACAAAUAUGACAUAAUAGUAUGUUGUUUACACAUAAUGCUGUCAGAGAUAUCGGGACAGUGAUUUUUGUUUUUUUAACAGAUGCGAGUGUCAACGGUGUACAGCUUUAGUUUCCUACGUGGCCUUCAUAGUUUACAUUUGUAUUGUUUUUUAUUAUUUUGUUUUUUGUGCCAGCUGGAAAGCUGUUUUGCAGCACUAUCGAGGCAGAGACGGAGCUACGGAUGGUACUCCAAAAAAAAAUGGCAAGAGAAAGUGAUGGAACAGAGGUUAGAUGAUGUGAUUGGAUGGGAAAACAGGAAGUGAUGCAAGAGGCGUAGAGGUCUGUGGAGAUGUGAAGGAGCGAGGGACGUCACAGAUGGAUAUUGAAGUGCAAAGGUUGAGGGAAAUCAGGAGGUCAUAGUUUGGCUCUGAGUCGACAGAUAUGAGCAUGCGUUUGUUAGUCCGUAUGGGAGAAAUGCCAGCAAAUGCAAGUAGAUGUAAAGGUCGAGGUAAGGUUGGAAAUUUAGACGUUAUUUUGGGCCUUUGGAGUGGAUGCAAACAUGGUCAAACAUGCUACAUUUUAGCUUGAAAGGAAUCACAUUAGCCAUAAUCUAUUUUAGAUAAACACAGAAGGAUUGGUGGAUGUGUAAAGCUUUUCAGAAAUGCAAAAAUGUGAUUCUCUACAGUAGGUCUGAAGUUGCAUUACAAUGCUUUAAGGGAUAGUUCACCCAAAAAUAA